AUGGCUAUUGGUGGUGAUGAUUAUGAUCUUAUUCAAAGUGUAAAAGACUAUCUUAGCAAAUGUUUUAAGAUCAAGGAACUAGGAAAGCUAAAAUAUUUUCUAGAUAUUGAGGUUCAUAAAUCAUCUGUAGGUUAUUUCAUAAAUAAAAAAAAAUACACUUUAGAUCUACUGCAGGAAACUGGUUACAUUAACUGUAAACCAGUUUAUACUCUAGUAGAUGCUAAUGUCAAAUUAUCAUUUGAAACAGGAACAAGAUUAGAAAAUCCUCUUGAGUUUAGAAGGCUCAUAGGGAAACUAAUGUAUCUAACCAUUACUCGACUAGAUCUUAAUUUCUCUGUUAACACCCUUGCUCAAUUCAUGCAAAACCCUACUAAUGUGCAUUUGAGUGCAGGAUACAGAAUUUUAAGAUAUAUUAAAGGCACAGUAGGGGAAGGAUUGUUUUAUCCUUCCAAAACUAACAUGCAGGUAGAAGCUUAUUGUGAUGCUGACUGGGCUGCUUGCAUAGACACCAGGAGAUCUGUGACUGGAUACUGCAUCAAGUUAGGCAAUUCUCUCAUAGCCUGGAAAUCAAAAAAGCAUAAAACUGUGUUCCGUAGCUCUGUAGAAGCUGAAUAUCAUUCAAUGGCAGCAGCAGUCAGUGAACUUCAAUGGAUAUAUCAUCUAUUUCAAGAAAUACAGAUAGAGAUUGAACUACCGAUGGUUUUGCACUGUGACAGUCAAGCAACUAUUCACAUUGCCAAUAAUCCCGUUUUUCAUGAACGGACUAAACAUAUAGAUAUUGACUGUCAUUUCACAAGGGAGAAAAUUCAGCAAGGAUUAAUCAGUUUAAGCUAUGUAAAAUCAGAAAAACAACCAGCGGAUGUUCUUACCAAAGUCAAUAUCAGUGAAUCAUUUCAAGUGGCAACAAUCAUAGAGAAAUUGCCUCCAAGGUCGAUAGAUUUCAAGAAUUACUUGAAACACAAGCGCAAGGAGAUGUAUAUAGAAGACUUGAUAGUUCGGCUAAAAAUUGAAGAAGAAAAUCGGAAGAACACAAUGCUUCCAAGAAUGCCAAAGAUCCAUGUGUUACAAUUUUCCAAACUCAAGAAUGAUGAAAAAAAGAAAGAGAGAACAACCUCACAAGUUUCAGGACAACUGCUACAUAUGCAAGAAACUUGGACAUAG